AAAAGUUUUCGGGUUUGGAUCUGGGUCAGCACUGUGAGCGAAACAACUUUAAAGACAGAGAGAUCUAAAAUCGUUUCGUUUCGUUUCGUUUCCAAAUCUGUGUUAUUAUUUGUUUAAUUAAAAAAAAAAAAAAAAAAGUAUAUGAUGAAUUCACUACAAAAUACUUCAAAGUUAGGCUCAAACUCAACUCAAUCUCUCUCGUUCGAUGACGUUGCUAACUAUUUCUCUCUGCCUCUCUCCGACGCCGCUACUCAUCUCGGUGUUUGCGUGAGUGUUCUCAAGAAAAUUUGCCGCGAGAACGGCCUUGAUCGGUGGCCCUAUCGCAAGUUUUUAUGUGGCAAGAGCAUUGAAGAAAUCAAAAAGUAUGCUGCUAGAGAAAAAUACAAACAAAUUGCCGAGCUUUCAAAGCUUGCUAGGCAAAGCGCUAUGCAACCCCAAAACAAUAAUAUGUCCAAAUUGCAUGGUGUCUCAUCACCUACAAAUUUGCCGCAGCAACAAGGAAGCAAGAACACUGUAGUUGGGCAGCCGCAGGUUCUGCUUAAUGCAAGCUUGACAAAAGGAACUAUGGCUCCAGAUGAAUUUAAAUAUGGAUUUCCAUCAGAUGGCUUAUCUACUGCUACAUAUAAGUGGUGGGGUAGCAGCAGUUCGGAUGUUAAUGGGAGCACUAAUGUAGAGGAAGCGGAAACUGAUGAAGUUGACAAGAAUCAAUCUGAAGAGAAAGCAGAUGGCAGUGCCACUUCAAUAGUGGGUAAUAAGAUAUCUGAAAAUGUGAAAAAGGUGACAGACAUUGAUCCUCAAGGGUCAGGUCUGCUGACAGCUAUUAGAAAGAGAAGUGUUGAGGAAGGAAAAGAAGCACUUAAACUUGGUCUCCAAAAGAAGUACUGUGUAAAGAAGCUAGGCAGGAAAGAGAGAUUGCUGCUUCUUCGAGUAUUUGGAUCUGCAUUGCCUAAAGAGUGGGUAUUUGAGUCAUCCUAAAU